AUGCUCAAGGAGCAACCAUCGGAGGCCGAGGAAACUCAAAAGCCGAAAGGCUGGCGCUUGAGGCAUGGACUGGCCUACGUGAUCGGCGGACAGAUAAACUCAAAAGUCUCCAAUUCAGUAGUAGAAUUUAAUCCCAAGACCGGUCGGUGGCGACGAGUCGCGUCAAGUCUUCUGGCUCGUAGCGCACACUCUGCGGCCGGUUUUGGCAGCGCCAUCGUCUCCUGUGGAGGAUGGGACGGCAGAACUGUAGUUGGAUUUGCUGAGCUGUUUCUUCCAGCAAAAAACAGGUGGUUCCGUCUUCCAGGCUUGCUCGACGCCCGAUCUGCUCACUGUGCAGUGGCUCAAGAAGAGGAUGGCCGCGUUUUUGUGACUGGUGGUGAAAAUGAGUUCGGUAAUGAAUUGGAUCUGGUCGAGUACUGCACUCUUCCAGUCGGCAACUCUGCAGGAAGCCCAGAAUCGCAUAGUUUCCUCACCUGGCGUCGGGCGGCACCGAUGAAUCAGAAACGCCAAUACCAUGCUCUGGCCUAUGCAAAGGGCAAAAUCGUGGCUGUAGGAGGUGUUAUUAAUCGCCGAGAAGUCACGCGGACAGUUGAAGUAUUUUCACCUCCAGAUCGGGGUAAUCCCUUGGGUCAAUGGACAUUCGUAAAGCGUCUCGACUUAGCAUAUAACUAUCCCUUUGCUAUUGCUGUGGAUGGUUACUUCUUUGUUUUUCAUCCGGACGAUGAAAUCUGGACUGAUGUGGGUGCCCUGUCAACGGUCCGUGAAGUGAACGGCGUUAUUGCCUUUCCGAGCGCUUCACGUUUUCAAACUCUGUAA